GAGUUUAGGAGUGUGGAGUGUGGAGUGUGUGCUUUCGGUUUGGCGGUGAUCGUUUUGUUUUGCAUUUUCUAUGUCCUACACUCGUUGGUGCAUUCACGUGGUGUGUUGUGCUUCAACUCCGAAACACCAACUCGCGUGCCUCUUGAUUGUGCAAUAGUCCGUCCGUCCGCCCGUUCGCCCACCCGGCGAUCGUUGUGCCAAUUCCUUCAAUUUGGUUUGUCUCUCGGUGUCAGUGUGUUUGCUGCUUGUUAAGCUUCAGUAACGAUGGGAUCCGGCGGUCGAAUGGACUGCUGCGGGCAGUGCGUCAAGUACAGCAUGUUCGUGGCAAACUUUAUCAUCUUCAUUGGCGGCGCGAUCGUGUUCGGUCUCGGCGUCUUCACGCUGGUCGACAAGAACUUCGUCAACGAGCUGCUCGGUACGAACCUUUUCUCCGGUGCGGUGUACGUCCUGAUUGCCACCUCAGCCCUCGUGUGUCUGCUUUCGUUCUUCGGUUGCAUGGGUGCGGCCAAGGAGUACAAGUGUAUGCUGUUGACGUACUUUAUACUGGUGUUUCUGAUCUUCGUGACGAUGCUGAUCGGUGGCAUCCUGGGGUACGUUUUCCGGGAGAAGGUUUCGCAGACGAUGGGCGAUGAGAUGCGAUCCUCGAUGAGCCUGUACGGUGGCCGGCGUAGCAUCACGCAGGCCUGGGACACCACGCAGGAGCGGCUCAAGUGUUGCGGUGUCGAGAGCUUCAACGAUUGGCGUGGCGAUAUCCCGCGUUCCUGCUGCCAGCAGACGCUCGAUGGCUACAAACCGUGCAACGAGAGCCCGAGCAAGGAGAACAUCCACACCAACGGUUGUCUGCACAUCGCCUCGAACUACAUCCGGGAUAAUGCGGCGAUCAUCGGUGGUUCGGGCAUAGCCGUGGCCGUACUGCUAGUGUUCGGCAUGAUCUUCUCCUGCUCACUGUUCCGGAUGAUAGAGUAGUGGCCGCGAUCGCGAGCGAUGGAUGCAUACACCACCUCGUACACCUCGUACCGCAGAACCGAUUGUCCAGAUUGCUUGUGCUUGAGCCUGUACUUGUGGGUGUUCCGCUUAUCGAUGUGGCUUCUUUUGCUCACUCUAAACUCCUUGAAUUCCGUCCAACACGCCCCAUCCCAUCCACCAGGAAUCUGUAACGAGUAGUAAUCACAGGAUAUGUGUGUAAGGUCAAAAUGAAAAGCUUAUCGGUCGGCUUUCAUUGCUCUCCGCGUGCGCGUCCUUCCAUCCAUCGGGAUGAGCGAAGGACAUUUUGUAAUGUGUGUUAACACAUAGAGCCCUAAGCGAGAUCGUUGCGUUACGUUCUAAUUCGUCCAUAGUGCCUCCGGUGCACAUCACAUUUAAUGCGAUAAGAUACCUUUUUACAUUAAUUUUUAAUCUAAUAAUUCAAUACAAAAUGGCUGCGCAUAAGAACACUUUCUGUCGCAGCAGGAGCAGCAAGAGGUGGAUCCUCCAAAUUGGCUCCGAUAACAUUGACGCGAAAGUGUGAAAUCGAUUAGAACGGAAAACGGAAAAAAGUGAUCCCACAUGCUGCGUAGUGUGGUAGUGAUCGACACGAUCACGACUCUAAUCAGACCAGAUGUAUGUUCUGUGCUUAAUUUUACAUAAAAUAAAGAAGAAGAAGAAGAACGCGAAAACGGGAAACCGCCUGCAGAGUUCAACUAUUG